GAUCUCAUUACAACUCCGUGAAAUGUAGGCGACGCAGGAACAGUGUCCCAGACUUGACCAAGCUAAAUGAUCAAACCAUUUAACCGUUAGGUGUUUAACAUCGCAGAUCGAUAUAUUAUCAGAAUCCACUUUGUGCCCAUAUCGCAUGUCAUAAUGUCAAAGUCGGAUUUCCCUCCAGCCUAUGAAGAUGCACUACAUGGCCCCAGGCCCCGGCAUGGGAACUACCCACAGCCCCCACCAGCAUAUGGACCAUACCCUGCUCAGUCCUCAGCUCAAUACCCAGGACAAGCAGGGUACCCUCUGGGCUACCCUCCUUCUGGGAUGCCUUAUUCCAUUCCUCUAGGAAUGCCCACCUCCAACCCAGUGGAAGACGAUGAAUUUGCAUAUUCUACAGCAUGGGAAAGCAUUUCUAUUCGACAUGCAUUCAUCCGAAAAGUGUACUUAAUAUUGGCUGCUCAGCUCAUCGUCACUGUAUCAAUUGUGGCUGUGUUUACAUUUGUUGAGGAAGUACGUGCGUUUGUCAUUAGGAACCCAGCCGUGUAUUGGACAUCAUUCGCUGUUUAUUUAGUCACUUAUUGCAUUCUUGUCUGCUGCGAAGGGCCAAGGAGACGCUUUCCUUGGAACUUUGUGCUGCUGGCCAUUUUUACACUGGCCAUGUCCUACAUGACUGGAACAAUAUCAAGUUACUAUGACACAAAAGCAGUGUUUCUGACCAUUGGAAUAACAGCAAUAGUGUGCAUAAUUGUCACCAUCUUCUGCUUUCAAACUAAGGUGGAUUUUACAUCUUGUGGGGGACUUUUCAGUAUUCUUGCCAUCGUAGUCUUGGUUACUGGGAUCAUUACAGCCAUCGUACUAUCCUUUAAAUAUGUCCCAUGGCUUCAUAUGCUCUAUGCUGCAAUUGGAGCUGUCAUUUACACCCUGUUUUUAGCAUACAACACCCAGCUUCUCAUCGGAAACCGCAAGCUUUCCAUCAGCCCAGAGGAGUAUGUUUUUGGAGCACUUUCACUUUAUGUUGACAUUGUCCAGAUCUUCAUUUUCCUCCUGCAACUAGUUGGGGCUUCCACAGAUUAAAGGCAGGAGGAUGACAUAUGACCUAGUGUGGAUGGAUCCUACUUAUAUUGUAUUUUUUCACCUCAAACUGUUGCUGCUCAUACAGGACUGUAAAUUAUAGUUUGUUUCUUCUUGUAAUUCCAUUAACAUAACCCUAUGAGAGUGCUGCAAACUUUCAAUUAAGAUCGUUGUAUAUUUACUUAUUCCCAGAAUGGAUGUUGGUAAGUUAUUAAUGCAAUAUGCAUACAUGAUUGUCUGAAUCGCAUUUGAUUUGACCUAUAUAUGUUUAAAAUACAUUUCUUGUCCUCGUGUUGCCUUUUUCCUUAAACCGUAAAAAUGUGAAACCUAAUGAAUUCAUUGUCAAAAUGGCUCAAACUGUCUCUGUAUGCAUCCAUUGGUGGUGAUACAGUUCAGCAACAAGGCCAGAGGGGGUGUGGUAUAUGGCCAAUAUACCACGGCGAAGGGCUGUUCUUAGCGUGAUGCAACGCAGAGUGCCUGGACAGAGCCCUUAGCCGUGGUAUGUUGGCCAUAUAUAAACCACCAAGGUGCCUUAUUUCUAUUAUAAACUUGUUACCGAUGUAAUUAGAGCAGUAAAAAUGUGUUGUCACACCCAUAGCAUACGUCUGUCAGCCAAUCAGCACUCGAACCACCCAGUUUAUUAUAACAUCGCUUCCAUUUUCCUCAAUUGUAUAUGUGAUAACUGUAGAAAAGUUUACUUUUCUUGAUAUACAUUCUGAUUAUCAGAACCAAUAAUUAAAGACAAUAUCU